AUCCAUCAACAACUCCACGAAAUUGCACUUGACGGGUAACAAAAUAUCUCUACAAUUAAUCAAUACAUCUCUCCCAUACCCAUUCGUGUCUGGACCCAUACACGAAUUCAUCAUCACUCCGUUGCCAGAUCGGCACGCGAAGAGCUGGUUGUCUUCCACGCGAUCCGAGAUUCGACUCCUUCGUCGUUUGAGCCGUCUAGCGAGACCCAGGAGGUCUUUCAACUUGCAUAAGAAGCUUGAUCCUCAGGACAACUUAACCUCCUGCAUACCAUCGCUGUACUGUCAUCAAAGGAAGUUGACCUGUUUGAGAUCCAUCUGCUGUUGAGUCAAGAGAAGAUAACGAUCAUCGUGAUGUGCCACAUUGGAGAUAUUCUCUGCUUCUUCUGCGACACGAAAAUAGCCACAAACGCCCUCAUUCAGCGGUGCGAGGCCUAUGCUCUCAGGUGCUUUGGGCUUCAAGAGCUCCAGAUAGAGGAGAUCCAGACUCAUUGGCAAGAUUUCUCGUGUUUUCUACCACGCGAUACUCCUGUUCCGGUCUUCGAUCACGAGCAGUGCCCCUUCAAGCGCGUUGGGUCAUUCAAGGUCUACGACUACCCUUGCCCUAACCCAGCUUGCAAGAAAAGACUCACACAGCCUUCGGCCAACAAGACUCCCAUAACAGCCCUUCGAAACUGUGAUUGGGUCUCCAACUUCUACGCGCCUGGUCUCAUGCCCAUUGUUCAGUGGUUCAACACAUACCUCGAGAACUGUAACGAGAGGAACAAUAUCCAUCGACAGCUCAUUGCUCCUCACGCGGUGAACCCUCACAUGACUCCUCUGGAGACCAUUGCCGGCCCCGUGUAUCGCGAUCUAACAGCCGAAGAGCUCGUCAAGCACACCAUGGGGCAAGAGGGAAAUCUUCCUGAUGGGAUAACCGGAACCUACGUUGACAGCAUUACUGUCGAGACUACCCCGGUUACUGAUGCAAUCUGCGACGAUGAUGGAUCGCUCUUUGGCGAUGAUGGUCAAGAUAUCAAUUUUGCCAGCAUUACUUCUUCCGAGCCUGAAGCUGUGAUCAACAGCUCAACGACCAAAUACUGCUCAGACCCUAACCCUAGUUGGUGUGAUACCGCCGGGGAGGCAGACGUGAACAUGAUCAACAAGCAGCCAGGCAAGAAUUACACCACUGCCAACUCGACUCAGACGGGUGUCGCGAGCAUGCCCUCGCAGACCCCAGGACAGGGACACGUUGAAGUCGGAGCUUAG